UUCUCCCCGCCUCUAGCAGUCCGUCUAGGACCGCACCGACCCUCUCCCACCAGCCCCGUCUCCCGCCCUCUCCUUUGGCCGUAGCAGAGCUCGGCUCCUGAGCGCGCCUCCCAUCGCGCUCGCCCUUUUAAACAUUUCCUCACACUCGCUGAUUGCUCCCUCACACUCAGAAUGGCAUCCAAGUUUCUCCGAGAAUACAAGCUAGUCGUCGUCGGAGGUGGUGGAGUGGGCAAGUCAUGUCUAACCAUCCAGCUGAUCCAAAGCCAUUUCGUCGAUGAAUACGAUCCCACAAUUGAGGAUUCGUACCGCAAGCAGUGCGUUAUCGACGACGAGGUCGCCCUGCUCGAUGUUCUCGAUACUGCAGGCCAGGAGGAGUACUCCGCCAUGCGGGAGCAGUACAUGCGCACCGGCGAGGGCUUCCUGCUCGUCUACUCGAUAACGGACCGUCAGAGUUUCGAGGAGAUCAUGACCUUCCAGCAACAAAUCCUCCGUGUCAAGGACAAGGACUACUUCCCCAUGAUUGUCGUCGGCAACAAGUGUGAUCUCGAGGGAGAGAGGCAGGUGUCAACACAAGAGGGCCAGACGCUGGCACGACAGUUUGGUUGCAAGUUCAUCGAGACGUCCGCCAAGUCGCGCAUCAACGUCGACAACGCUUUUUACGACAUUGUUCGCGAAAUCCGCAGAUAUAACAAGGAGAUGUCUUCGUAUACAGGAGCAGCCACCGGUGGAGCAACAAACGGCAUCUCCAAGAUGGGCGUCGAAGAGGAGAGCGAGAAGAAGGGCUGCUGCGGAUGCCUGGUCAUGUAGGGCAGUGGGAAGCUAUCCCCAGUGCCGGAUGGGAAUGAACAAGAUGCAUGACCAUAUUUGGAAUCCGC